AUGUGUAUGCUGACUUGUUGCUUCUGUUUUAAACUGUGUUGUUCUCAUUAGUUCUCAUUAGUUUUCACAGUUUUGACAUUAUAGCUGAUUUUCGUUGUUCAAUGUGUUAAUUGCCAUAACUAACUGUAAGCCACCUUGUGAGAUCUUUUUUCAAAGAGACUGCAUAUAAACCUGUUACCUAGAGAGUAUUUUUACUAGGAGACUCAUGAAUUGAACUAACUAACUAAAUAAAUACAUGAUUUCCUGAGUCCCCCCCCCAAAAAAACCCCAUCAUUCAAUGUGUGUCUGUUUUAAAUAAGUUUACCCAAAUUAUUAGUACAUAUGCACCUGGUAGAAUCAUAGAAUUCUAGAGCUGGAAGGGACUUCAAAGGUCAUCUACUCCAACUCCCUGCAAUGUAGGAAUCUCAACUAGAUCUUACAUGGCAAAUGGCCCUCCAGGCUCGCUUAAAAACUUCCAAGGAAGGAGAUAAAAUUGCACAAAAGACUCUGAAGCAUUUGUCUUCAACUGGUGGGUCAAGACCUACUAGUGGAUUGUGGUCUGAUCUAAGGUGGGUGCAAUACAGGGGCCAGAAUGGUUGUUAUGCAUUUAUAGAACACGAAACAUCGCAAAUUCCCAAAGAUGCCAACUCCCUCUAAUUAUUCUGAGGGACAGGGCUUAUAUAUAAGUCUCUAAAGUCCACUUGGACAUGGAUCAUCUCUUAAUAAUUAUUAGACUCCCUGUAUAAAUGAGAUGAACUGAGUGGUACAGUCUUUUUGGGGAGAAAGAGAGAGAGAUGUUUUCAAAAACUUCCUGCUAUGAGUUGACUGGUCAGAAGGCUGCUUGUGAGGAGUUAUAUGCUGGACUCAGUUUUAUAUUUAGCUGGGAAUGGUAGCAGUUCAACUCCCAACACUAUCGGCUUACGCCUUGGAACGCAUCCUGCUGAACAGACUAGAAGGGAACCCCUUCUACUUGAAGGGCUGAGUCUGGAACUUUAGUCUUGGCUUCUUCUUCUCUUCUCUUAUCUUUUCUUUUUUAAAAAAGAAUACUGGGCAAUUAGCUCCUCUUGAGAAACAAUUUCGUUUGCUGAUCAGGAGAAGGUCUACAUGUAGCCAGGAGAGAAACCUGUGGUGGUGAUUCCAGCUCUUGAUUGUCCACGCCCCUGAGGAUUUCCUGCUGUGUGAAGAGGCAUGGACGGGACUUUGGUUCUUGUCGAGGGGGGUCCACCCCUUCAAAGAAGUUUCAAUGAUAUAGGAGCCAAGCUACAUAAGAAAUCUAAAAGGGGUGUUCUUUUUUUUGAGGUGGAGAUUCUGGAUGCCAAGACCCGGGAAAAGCUGUGCUUCCUGGACAAGGUUGAGCCCAAUGCCACCGUAAUAGAGAUAAAGAACCUCUUCACUAAGUCCCAUCCUCAGUGGUAUCCAGCCCGGCAGUCUCUGCGACUGGAUCCCAAGGGGAAGUCCCUAAAGGAUGAAGACAUCCUUCAGAACUUGCCGGUGGGCACCACAGCAACGCUGUAUUUUCGAGACCUGGGAGCACAAAUCAGCUGGGUGACCGUCUUCCUCACGGAGUAUGCUGGGCCCCUGCUCAUUUACUUGCUCUUCUAUUUCCGUGUGCCCUUCAUCUACGGCCAUAAGUAUGACUUCACCUCCAGCAAGUAUUCUGUUGUACACCUGGCCUGCAUCUGCCACUCUUUCCACUACGUCAAGCGCCUCUUGGAGACCCUCUUUGUCCAUAGGUUCUCCCAUGGGACAAUGCCCUUACGUAACAUCUUUAAGAACUGUACAUAUUAUUGGGGUUUUGCUGCCUGGAUGGCAUACUACAUCAAUCACCCAUUGUAUACUCCACCAGCGUAUGGACAUGAACAAGUGAAAUUGGCACUUAUCAUUUUUCUGUUCUGCCAGCUGGGAAACUUCUCAAUUCAUAUUGCUCUACGGAACCUGCGCCCUGCUGGUUCUAAAGCCAGGAAGAUCCCAUUUCCUACCAAGAACCCCUUCACAUGGCUUUUCUUGCUUGUCUCCUGCCCUAAUUACACCUACGAGGUGGGAUCCUGGAUUGGCUUUGCCAUUAUGACUCAGUGCCUUCCAGUGGCUCUGUUUUCCUUGGUUGGAUUCAUCCAAAUGACGAUCUGGGCAAAGGGGAAACACCGAAGUUACCUGAAGGAGUUCCGGGAUUAUCCGCCACUGCGUUCCCCCAUUGUCCCUUUCCUGCUUUGAGCUGGAAGCAACUGCCUUCUUUUGUCUGGGCCGAUAGUUCUGUUUUUGUUUUUUACCUUGUGAGCGCGUGUUAUUGGAGUCUAAAAUGAGAUUUUCUCUUGCUGUCUACUGUAAUCUGAGGGAAUCUGUAGGGAUUUCCUUCCUUUUGUAAUUUACUGCCCCUCCCUACAGAAUCUUUGACCAUAUCCCAUUCCAAAGCCUUUCUGAGGCUGGGAGCAGCCUUCCCUACAAAGCGCCCAUUAAGUCAAAAGCUACAGCGAAGGGAACAACCCAGUUUUAAAGAGAACGAAGCAGUGACUGAGCCCUAAGUCUGCAGGAGCAGGUGCUGAAAACUAAAUCUAGGCAGAUGGAGCCUGGCCUAAACUGAAUACUUUUUGCUCCACAUAGUGCUUAGGAGAGGUCUCCUCAGCUCUAUGGUUCAUCAAUAUAAUUUAGGAGUUAAGUCUCCUAGUUCAGCUUUGUGCAUUCUCCUUGACUAAGUGAGCCCUCAAGUGCCAAAUACUGGCAUAGCAUAAAUCUUCUGGGCUUUUUCUGGGAUGCUUCCCCAUUCUAAAAGCUAGUAGUACCAUUCUGAAGGGCAUGAGACUGAUGCAGGUGAGGCUGUCUUCAUCUCUUACACACCCUCUUGCUCAAAAAAUAAGUGCCGGUUCCUAGAGGCUGAUAAGUAUUCUCUGAGCAGCCAAAUUAAGUGUGUUCUUCUCUUCCAAUGCAGAGAGGAUUAUGUUAAUUCUAGACACACGGCAGGUAGCAAGGUGCUGUGGGGAAGUGUUUGCAGAAAGUGCUGCUAUAGAAGGUGUGACUGGGGAGCAGCUGUAGCACUUUAGUACCAUCUACAGUGCAAGCCAGCACCUCCUUCCUCACCCAAUAUGCUAAGCAUGAACUGUUUGGGAUGGUAGGUUUUACCUUGUACAGCUGGCAGAGCCUUGAGAUGAGGGUAUGAAAAACAAGGCUGUUACAUUAUCUUGUUCUCAGUCAUGCUACAAUUUUCCCCUGGACUUUAGGCCCACUCCUGUUUGUUUUGUGUAAGUGGUAUCAGAGCUGCUUUUGGAACCUUCUGCAAGGGAAAACUAUACCUACAGCUGCACUGAAGUUAUUUGGGGACGGGAAAUACUUUAAUACCUUGUAGCUAUUUGUAGUCCCUAAAGAAGGAAGGAAAGGCUUGUAAUCUUUCUUUGGGGGAAAUUCAAUGUUACAGAAAUUUUGACAGCCUCCCUGAGAGGAACUUACUUCUCCUUUCCUGUUUAGUCUUAAUGUCACUAAGUUUGCAAUUCUACGUACACUUAUUUGGAAGCAAGCCCCAUUCAACUCAGUGGAACUUACUUCCAAGUAAACAUGCCUAGGAUCAGGUUGAAAGUUUGCAAUAGUCUUAGUUUAUGCUGCAUGUGAGCAGUGAGAUCCUGGAAACCUGCUAGGCUCCAUGGCAGCUGUUAAAAUGAGCCAUUGACUUGUUAUGGUCUGUUUCAUAUGGAACUAUCUUCCUUCUUGGAUUUACACAAAUAAAACUAAUCCAUCCCCUGGACUGUA